GUUGUUGGUUUCUGUUGUCAUGUUGAUUAGUUGUCAGGUAUUUUAGAGGUUAGGUAUCUGUAACAGACAGGUCAAUAAAAGUACGUAGGACUAGGCCUACUAUUACUAACAUAAGUUAAGUAAUUUUUUUACAUAUUUUCAUCGACUUUCAUAUGAAAUGACUGUGUCCAAAAUGGGGAAAUCUAGAUUAGAAAUCAAUUUUCGUCGUUUGCUCUCCAGAUGCGAAUUAAUGGCCAAAGACAAUCCUUCUGAUGACUGGAGACUUGAAACGUUCAUUGCAAACUUGGAAGAAAUGUUAAGUGAAAUGGACAAAUCUCCAAAUGCUCCAAAUAAGGAGACAUUAUCCAGUUAUGUAAGAAGAUUAGAGUUCCUCAAAGGCCUCAUGGACACAAACACUAUCACUAACCCUAUUGAGAAGGUGUUUGCAGCUCAGCAUCUGAACCCCAGUCCUGAUAGUGUAUCAAAGGAAACUCACCAGAAAACUGUCACAAAAUACACUAGGGAAUUAAGAGAUGAACUCUUUGGUGACUCAGGACUCAGACAAAGACAGAUGGAAUCGUCAGAUGAUAUGGAUUCACUAUUGAAACACCAUAACAACAUGCACGAGAAAAUAGCAGAGAAUAUGCUCAGCCUAGCGAGAAAUAUGAAAGAGAAAUCUCAGCUUGCGGGAGAAAUAAUAAAAAAGGAUAUCCAGGUGGUGGAAAAGUCAUCUCAUCUGGCAGAAAAGAAUUUCUCACAACUGAGGGUGGAAUCAGAACGUCUUCAAGAGCACAGUCGACGAGCCUGGAAAUGUUGGAUGUGGAUAAUGUUGGUGGUCGUCAUUGUCAUAUUUAUAAAUAUGGUGCUAUUUAUGAAGGUUAUGAAGAAAAGAAAAUACUGAACUUCUUCUAAUUAAAUAUUGUACAUUUUUACAUCAAUGAAGUAUUGUAAUUUAUUUUUGACA